GAAUGUAGGUCAUAAGCAUGAAGCGCAGUUCUGUUUCCACCGGUGGUGCUGGCCGCCUGUCUGUGCAGGAUUUAAGAGCCCAGGACUUCAAUAAACAAGGCCUCUAUACCCCUCAAACCAAAGAAAAACCAGCCUUCGGAAAGUUGAAUAUAAACAAGCCCACAUCUUCUACAUCUGAAAGAAAAGUCUCUGUAUUUGGUAAAAGAACUAGUGGAACUGGAUCCCGGAACAGUCAAUUUGGUAUAUUUUCCAGUUCUGAAAAAAUCAAGGACCCAAGACCACUUAAUGACAAAGCAUUCAUUCAGCAGUGUAUUCGACAACUCUGUGAGUUUCUUACAGAAAAUGGUUAUGCAUACAGUGUAUCCAUGAAAUCGCUACAAGCUCCAUCUGUUAAAGACUUCCUAAAGAUCUUCACUUUUAUUUAUGGUUUCCUGUGCCCUUCUUAUGAACCUCCUGAUACAAAGUUUGAAGAAGAGGUUCCAAGAAUCUUUAAAGAUCUUGGGUAUCCUUUUGCAUUGUCCAAAAGCUCCAUGUAUACAGUUGGGGCACCUCACACAUGGCCUCACAUUGUGGCAGCCUUGGUUUGGCUGAUAGACUGCAUCAAGUUACAUGCUGCGAUGAAAGAAAGCUCACCUUCAUUUGAUGAUGGACAGCCUUGGGGAGAAGAAACUGAAGAUGGAAUUGUGCAUAAUAAGUUGUUUUUGGACUACACCGUAAAAUGCUAUGAGCGUUUCAUGACUGGUGCUGACAGCUAUGAAGAGAUGAAUAUAGAACUGCAGUCAAAGUUGAAGGAUUUAUUUAAUAUAGAUGCUUCCAAGCUGGAAUCAUUAGCAGCAAAAAACAAAGCACUGAAUGAACAGAUUGCAAGAUUGGAACAAGAGAGAGAAAAAGAGCCGAAUCGUCUAGAGUCAUUGAGAAAACUGAAAACUUCUUUGCAAGCAGAUGUUCAAAAAUAUCAGGCAUACAUGAGCAAUUUGGAGUCUCAUUCAGCCAUUCUUGACCAGAAAUUGAAUGGUCUCAAUGAAGAAAUUACUAGAGUGGAACUAGAAUGUGAAACAAUAAAACAAGAGAAUACUCGACUACAGAAUAUUGUUGAUAACCAGAAGUACUCAGUUGCAGACAUUGAGAGAAUAAAUCAUGAAAGAAAUGAAUUGCAACAAACCAUUAAUAAAUUAACCAAGGACCUGCAGGCCGAACAACAGCAGUUGUGGAACGAGGAGCUAAAAUAUGCCAGAGGCAAAGAAGCGAUUGAAACGCAAUUAGCAGAGUAUCACAAGUUGGCUAGAAAAUUAAAACUUAUCCCUAAGGGUGCUGAGAAUUCCAAAGGUUAUGACUUUGAAAUAAAAUUUAAUCCUGAGGCUGGUGCCAACUGCCUUGUCAAAUACAAAGCUCAAGUUUAUGUACCACUCAAGGAACUCCUAAACCAAACUGAAGAAGAAAUUAAUAAAGCUCUAAAUAAAAAAAUGGGUUUAGAGGAUACUUUAGAACAAUUGAAUAUAAUGGUAUCAGAGAGCAAGAGAAGUGUAAGAACUCUGAAAGAAGAAGUUCAAAAGCUGGAUGAUCUUUACCAACAAAAAGUUAAGGAAGCUGAGGAAGAGGACAAAAAAUGUGCCAAUGAGCUUGAGUCCCUGGAGAAACAUAAGCACCUGCUGGAAAGUGGUGUUAACAAGGGCCUCAGUGAAGCUGUAAAUGAAUUAGAUGCUGUUCAGCGCGAAUACCAACUAGUUGUGCAGACCACAACUGAAGAAAGACGAAAAGUGGGAAAUAACUUGCAGCGCCUUUUAGAGAUGGUUGCUACACAUGUAGGGUCUGUAGAGAAACAUCUUGAGGAACAGAUUGCUAAAGUUGAUAGAGAGUAUGAAGAAUAUAUGUCUGAAGAUCUCUUGGAAUAUAUUAGGGAGAUUGGAGACAAGUAUAAGAAGAAAGCUGCUCUACUUAAGGCUUCUGAUGAAGACAAAAUGUGAUUAAGCAAGAACUUUAUUAAAGAGUGUAAAUUUUGGAAUGUUUUAUGUAAGUUUGAAAAAUCUGUAAUUUAUCCCAUGCCCUACCUUACAAUGAAGUCUCCUGAAGACAUCUUCCCAAGCCUGUAUAAUAUUUUUAUAUCUUUUAUAAAUCUAGUUCAUUAACAUAAAAUAUGAUAGAUUUUAGAUUUUACCUUUAGAUAUAAAUGACCAAUUACAUGUGUACUCAGAGAUAA